CAGCCGCAUGACGCGCGGAGGAGGCAGCGGGAGCAGCCGCGGGAGCCGGGACCGGGGAGCGGCGCGCUGGGGGUGGGCGCCGCUCGCUCCGCCCCGCGAAGCCCCUGCGCGCUCAGGGACGCGGCCCCCCCACGGCAGCCGCGCUAGGCUCCGGCGUGUGGCUGCGGCCGCCGCCGCCGCUGCCAUGUCCCCGGGGAAGCCCGGGGCGGGCGGAGCGGGGACGAGGCGGAUCGGCGGGCGGAGGAGGAGGCGAAGGAGGCGGCAGGAGGCGGCGACGACGGUGCCCGGGCUCGGGCGCACGGCGGGGCCCGAUUCGCGCGUCCCGGGCACGUUCCAGGGCGCGCGGGGCAUGAAGCCGGCGGCGCGGGAGGCGCGGCUGCCUCCGCGCUCGCCCGGGCUGCGCUGGACGCUGCCGCUGCUGCUGCUGCUGCUGCGCCUGGGCCAGAUCCUGUGCGCAGGUGGCACCCCUAGUCCAAUUCCUGACCCUUCAGUAGCAACUGUUGCCACAGGGGAAAAUGGCGUAACUCAGAUCAGCAGUACAGCAGAAUCCUUUCACAAACAGAAUGGAACUGGAACACCUCAGGUGGAAACAAACACCAGUGAGGGUGGCGAAAACUCUGGAGCCAACGAUAGUUUAAGAACACCUGAACAAGGAUCUAAUGGGACUGAUGGGGCAUCUCAAAAAACUCCCAGUAGCACUGGGCCCAGUCCUGUGUUUAACAUUAAAGCUGUUUCCAUCAGUCCAACCAAUGUGAUCUUAACCUGGGAAAGUAACGACACAGCUGCUUCUCAGUACAAGUAUGUAGUAAAGAAUGAGAUGGAAAAUGAGAAGACAAUUACUGUCGUGCAUCAACCGUGGUGCAACAUCACAGGCUUACGUCCAGCAACUUCAUAUGUAUUCUCCAUCACUCCAGAAAUAGGCAAUGAGACUUCGGGAGAUCCCAGAGUCAUAAAAGUCAUCACAGAGCCGAUUCCAGUUUCUGAUCUCCGUGUUGCCCUCAUGGGUGUGAGGAAGGCUACUCUGUCCUGGAGCAAUGGCAAUGGCACUGCCUCCUGCCGGGUGCUUCUUGAAAGCAUUGGAAGCCAUGAGGAGUUGACUCAAGACUCAAGACUUCAGGUCAAUAUCUCGGGCCUGGAGCCAGGGGUUCAAUACAACAUCAACCCGUAUCUUCUACAAUCAAAUAAGACAAAGGGAGACCCCUUGGGCACAGAAGGUGGCUUGGAUGCCAACAACACAGAGAGAAGCUGGGCAGGGAGCCCCACCGCCCCUGUGCAUGAUGAGUCCCUCCUGGGACCUGCAGACCCAUCGUCUGGCCAGCAGUCCCAAGACACGGAAGUCCUGCUUGUCGGGUUAGAGCCUGGCACCCGAUACAAUGCCACCGUUUAUUCCCAAGCAGCGAAUGGCACAGAAGGACAGCCCCAGGCCAUAGAGUUCAGGACAAAUGCUAUUCAGGUUUUUGACGUCACUGCUGUGAACAUCAAUGCCACAAGCCUGACUCUGAUCUGGAAAGUCAGUGAUAACGAGUCGUCAUCUAACUAUACCUACAAGAUACAUGUGGCGGGGGAGACAGAUUCUUCCAAUCUCAACGUCAGUGAGCCUCGCGCUGUCAUCCUGGGACUCCGCUCCAGCACCUUCUACAACAUCACAGUGUGUCCUGUUCUAGGUGACAUCGAGGGCACGCCGGGCUUCCUCCAAGUGCACACCCCCCCUGUUCCAGUUUCCGACUUCCGAGUGACAGUGGUCAGCAUGACAGAGAUCGGCUUAGCAUGGAGCAGCCAUGAUGCAGAAUCAUUUCAGAUGCGUAUCACACAGGAGGGAGCUGGCAAGUCUUCGGUAGAAAUAACCACCAACCAAAGUAUUAUCAUUGGUGGCUUGUUCCCUGGAACCAAGUAUUGCUUUGAAAUAGUUCCAAAAGGACCAAAUGGGACUGAAGGGGCAUCUCGGACAGUUUGCAAUAGAACUGUUCCCAGUGCAGUGUUUGACGUCCACGUGGUCUGCGUCACCACCACGGAGAUGCGGCUGGAGUGGAAGAGCCCAGACGGUGCUUCCGAGUAUGUUUACCAUUUAGUCAUAGCAUCCAAGCAUGGCUGUAACCACACAAGCACGUAUGACAAAGCGGUCACUCUCCAGGGCCUGAUCCCGGGCACCUUAUAUAACAUCACCAUCUCUCCAGAAGUGGACCACGUCUGGGGGGACCCCAACUCCACUGCACAGUACACACGGCCCAGCAAUGUGUCCAACAUUGAUGUAAGUACCAACACCACAGCAGCAACUUUAAGUUGGCAGAACUUUGAUGACGCCUCUCCCACGUACUCCUACUGCCUUCUUAUUGAGAAGGUUGGAAAUUCCAGCAACGCAACACAAGUAGUCACGGACACUGGAAUUACUGAUGCUACAGUCACUGAAUUAAUACCUGGCUCAUCAUACACAGUGGAGAUCUUUGCACAAGUAGGGGAUGGGAUCAAGUCACUGGAACCUGGCCGGAAGUCAUUCUGUACAGAUCCUGCAUCCGUGGCCUCCUUCGACUGUGAAGUGGUCCCCAAAGAGCCAGCCCUGGUUCUCAAAUGGACCUGCCCUCCUGGUGCCAAUGCAGGCUUCGAGCUGGAGGUCAGCAGUGGAGCCUGGGUCAAUGCGACCCACCUGGAGGGCUGCUCCUCUGAGAAUGGCACUGAGUAUAGAACGGAAGUCACGUAUUUGAAUUUUUCUACCUCGUACAACAUCAGCAUCACCACUGUGUCCUGUGGAAAGAUGGCAGCCUCCACCCAGAACACCUGCACCACUGGCAUCACAGAUCCCCCUCCUCCAGAUGGAUCCCCUAAUAUUACAUCUGUCAGUCACAAUUCAGUAAAGGUCAAGUUCAGUGGAUUUGAAGCCAGCCACGGACCCAUCAAAGCCUAUGCUGUCAUUCUCACCACCGGGGAAGCUGGUCACCCUUCUGCAGAUGUCCUGAAAUACACGUAUGAGGAUUUCAAAAAGGGAGCCUCAGAUACUUAUGUGACAUACCUCAUAAGAACAGAAGAAAAGGGACGUUCUCAGAGCUUGUCUGAAGUUUUGAAAUAUGAAAUUGAUGUUGGGAAUGAGUCAACCACGCUUGGUUAUUACAAUGGGAAGCUGGAACCUCUGGGCUCCUACCGGGCUUGUGUGGCUGGCUUCACCAACAUUACCUUCCACCCUCAAAACAAGGGGCUCAUCGAUGGGGCUGAGAGCUAUGUGUCCUUCAGUCGCUACUCAGAUGCCGUUUCCUUGCCCCAGGAUCCAGGUGUCAUCUGUGGAGCGGUUUUUGGCUGUAUCUUUGGUGCCCUGGUUAUUGUGACUGUGGGAGGCUUCAUCUUCUGGAGAAAGAAGAGGAAAGAUGCAAAGAAUAAUGAAGUGUCCUUUUCUCAAAUUAAAUCUAAGUUAAUCAGAGUGGAGAAUUUUGAGGCCUACUUCAAGAAGCAGCAAGCUGACUCCAACUGUGGGUUCGCAGAGGAAUACGAAGAUCUGAAGCUUGUUGGAAUUAGUCAACCUAAAUAUGCAGCAGAACUGGCUGAGAAUAGAGGAAAGAAUCGCUAUAAUAAUGUUCUGCCCUAUGAUAUUUCCCGUGUCAAACUUUCGGUCCAGACCCAUUCAACGGAUGACUACAUCAAUGCCAACUACAUGCCUGGCUACCACUCCAAGAAAGAUUUUAUUGCCACACAAGGACCUUUACCGAACACUUUGAAAGAUUUUUGGCGUAUGGUUUGGGAGAAAAAUGUAUAUGCCAUCAUUAUGUUGACCAAAUGUGUUGAACAGGGAAGAACCAAAUGUGAGGAGUAUUGGCCCUCCAAGCAGGCUCAGGACUAUGGAGACAUAACUGUGGCAAUGACAUCAGAAAUUGUUCUUCCGGAAUGGACCAUCAGAGAUUUCACAGUGAAAAAUAUCCAGACAAGUGAGAGUCACCCUCUGAGACAGUUCCAUUUCACCUCCUGGCCAGACCACGGUGUUCCCGACACCACUGACCUGCUCAUCAACUUCCGGUACCUCGUUCGUGACUACAUGAAGCAGAGUCCUCCCGAAUCGCCGAUUCUGGUGCAUUGCAGUGCUGGGGUCGGAAGGACGGGCACUUUCAUUGCCAUUGAUCGUCUCAUCUACCAGAUAGAGAAUGAGAACACCGUGGAUGUGUAUGGGAUUGUGUAUGACCUUCGAAUGCAUAGGCCUUUAAUGGUGCAGACAGAGGACCAGUAUGUUUUCCUCAAUCAGUGUGUUUUGGAUAUUGUCAGAUCCCAGAAAGACUCAAAAGUAGAUCUUAUCUACCAGAACACAACUGCAAUGACAAUCUAUGAAAACCUUGCACCUGUGACCACGUUUGGAAAGACCAAUGGUUACAUCGCCUAAUUCCAAAGGAAAAACCUUUCUGGAGUGAAGCAGACUGUCGCACCCACAGCGAAGGCACAUGCCCCGAUGUCGACAUGUUUUUAUAUGUCUAAUAUCUUAAUUCUUUGUUCUGUUUUGUGAGAACUAAUUUUGAGGGCAUGAAGCUGCAUAUGACAGAUGACAAAUUGGGGCUGUCGGGGGCUGUGGAUGGGUGGGGAGCAAAUCACCUGCAUUCCUGAUGACCAAUGGGAUGAGGUCACUUUUUUCUUCCCCCCUUGAGGAUUGUGGAAAACCAGGAAAAGGGAGCUAUGUUUUUUUUUUCCAAAACAAUUUCUUUUUUAAAAAAGACUAUUUUAUAUGAUUCACAUGCUAAAGCCAGGAUUGUGUUGGGUUGAAUAUAUUUUAAGUAUCAGAGGUCUAUUUUUACCUACUGUGUCUUGGAAUCUAGCCGAUGGAAAAUACCUAAUUGUGGAUGAUGAUUGCGCAGGGAGGGGUACGUGGCACCUCUUCCGAAUGGGUUUUCUAUUUGAACAUGUGCCUUUUCUGAAUUAUGCUUCCACAGGCAAAACUCAGUAGAGAUCUAUAUUUUUGUACUGAAUCUCAUAAUUGGAAUAUACGGAAUAUUUAAACAGUAGCUUAGCAUCAGAGGUUUGCCUCCUCAGUAAUAUUUCUGUUCUCAUUUGAUCAGAGGAGGCCUCUUUGCCCCAACCCCGCUUCCCCUGCCCCCUGUACAUUUGUGCUCCAUUUUUUCUUCCUUUUUCCCUCCCAGUUUUCUCCAAAGACUCUUCUGUUGGCAACAUUUUCAACCCAUUGGUUGGGUGAGAAUGGCGACUCAAAUAUCACCUUGAGAAUUUCUGUGGGUGGGAAUGGGAGAAGCAGAGGAAUCCUACAGUGGCAGAAAUCCUUUUCUUGUCCCUGUAUUAUCCUUUUUCUCAUGUCUGUAUUUGGUAUGAAGGAUUAUUUAAAGGUGCAAUAUGUGACUUAGUGAUUCAUGAUGUUCUAGGUUUUUAGUAACGUUUUACUCAGGUUGGCAUUUUAUGUGUCUGUGUCUGUAUGUGUGUGUGUAUGUUCAGAAGCGUGGCAAUCUGUGAACACUUCAGCGUGAAUUCAGUGUCAGAUUAAUCCCUCCUUCCCCAAAGUCCACUGGCUUUCGUCUCUCUCUGCCGUGACACAUAUCGGAAUCUAUUGUAUAUAUAUAUAUAUAUACUAAGCUCUCAAAAACAGUCAUUCCUAUGAAUUGAGAUGUACAAAGUUUGAAUUUGUAUCAAAGAUGUAAUUAUUAUUUUUAAAACCUCUUUUCACUAUACUGCUGCUGUAAUUACUUUGAUUUUUAAAAUGUAGAUUAAUUUUUUUUUUUUUUUUUGCUUCAGGUGUGUAUCCACCAAGAAUUUCAAAUUUAUGUGGAUUUAUUUUAUUGGUACAUAAUCUGUAAACUUCCUAAGGCAUUAACAUGAAAAGAUUUUUUUCUUCUUUUUAUUUUAUAUUGUGGCUCAGGUUAUAUUUUGAAGUUGUUUUGAGUUUAUCCUCCAAUAGGCAAUGAAGUUGACAAGGUUUUAUGAAGGAAUAACCAAGUCCCUGGAGUCCUGUGGCUGUUUCCACAGUAAUGCGUCCUGCUGUAAACAGGACAGGUGUGUCCUGUUGAGAAUGGGAGCGGGCUUUUCCAGCCUCCUGGUCCCUCCUGACUCUGCCACGCCCCUCACCUCACUGGCACUUUGAUAGCUGACUGGACGUGUUAAUGGUCUUUUAGGGUUCUAAAGGGUGAACCACACUUUUAAAGCCCCGGCUAUGGUUCGGAGGGUUAGUGCUGUAUGCCUUUUAUUUCCCUUUCCCUUUGAGGUACUGAAAGGAUGAAAAGGUGGCGUCAUGUUUUGGGGAGAAUCUUACUUCUCAAAUGGAAAUUGCACUUUUUGCUGAAUCCUUUGCAUUGUUUUGGUAGUUCAUUGAGUAUCAGGUCCUCAAAGGAAUGAGUUGGCCCGGCUAGGGUGGGCCCUCUUGACCUAACUUCAGAGGGGGCCUUGGCUCAGUAGGUGUGAAUCAGGGAAGCCACGCUGUCCUCGGGGUGCUGUAUGAAGCUGGGAUUCCUCCCACACCUUCACACUGGCCUGCCUCCAACUCAUAGAGAUCUCAGAGCGGUCGGUACUUCAUUCAUAGGUCCCUGCUCAGGUAGCAGUUCUGUGGUCUGUGGCCCUCUCCCCUCCAAUGUGUCCCAAACCAUUGUGAUGGGUGGCAAAUCCCAGGGAGCUCCUAAGCCCUGCUCUGCCCACAUCACCGCCACAGAGAAGUCAGAGGAAGGGACUUGUUGCUAAAAAAUCCUUUAAAAGAUUAAAUUCUUUAAAAGAUUAAAGCAACAUAAUUGUAAACAUAUUGUAUCAAAAUGAAAAACACAGGAACCCUCUUCCCUUCCGCCUGGUGGGAAAUGGGCAAGCGGCCCCAGCAAUCAUGGGAGGAACUCUUGCGGGGGAGCGGUCUGGGAUUCCAAAUAGGCAGGUCACACGAAGGUCACGAUGCUUCUCUGCAUCCUGAAAAGGGCUGGGGACAGGGCCAGUGGGGGUGGUAAGGGUAUUUAUAGCACAGUGCUUGAAAAGGGAAGAUUAAUGUGUAAAUAUAAAGGACACACAGGCUGGGGGUUGGUCAGAGGCAAGAGGAGGGUGCCUCUGAGCUUCUUCAACCCCUCCCAGGAAAAAUGAGCUCAAAUUGGAAGAGUCCAGUGGAAUCGGGGGGAUGGUGUUAAGUGCCCCUGUUCAGUCUUUGACAAUUGCAUAUAGAAAAGCAGCUGGUAUGGGUUUGGGUGUCAAUGGAAGGGCCAAAGAUCGGUGGCCAGCUUGUUUGGGGGAUUUGGGCCAUUGAUAGCAUCUCCCAGGAACAACGACUUUUUGCCUCCAAAGUCGGAUCUAGUGAUGAUCGGCACCAGCAGGAAAUGACAUUUGGUGUCUGCCCACUGCAGCCAUACUGUAACCUCCAGCCAGACUUCCGCCUAAUUGACUCCACUGGAUUUGUGCUCUGUUUAGUCAGAGGCUCCCGGGGGGUUGGGGAUCGAGGGGCGGGGGUCAGCUAUGCAGCUGAUCACGUGUGUUUUUCAUCUGGGAUGAAAAAGCCUGGUUCUCUUUUGAAAUGCUUGAUUGUACUUAUUGAGCUAAACAAGUCUUGGUGACUGUUGUUGAUUUGCCUCAAAAGUCUUAAGUUCUGGGUUUUCAGACUACUGUGUAGCAGCUGUGUGUUUAAUAUACUGUAGCUUUUUCUCCCUUGGGGGCACAUACGAAUAGGAUGUGUUGAUGUGGACUCUUAAACUGUAAUUUUCCUGUAACUAUUUUGGAAUGACGCAUAUUUCUAAUGUUUGUUAUACUUGUACAGAGUGUUGCUGUUGGUUGCUUUUUUUUUUUUAAGGAAAAAAUGGCCUGAAAACAUUUUUUUAAAGACUUACAAAUACCAAAUAUAAACAAAGUCAAUGCA